AUGCUGUCCCUUCAAAAAAUUGUGAAUGUUCUUCUCCCGCUGAGAGAAAUCCGAUAUGAGGCCCUCCCCGACUACGACGAGGACGUGUAUGAGCCUCUGAGACCUCCUAUCGUCCAUCCGGACUACGCAGACCGUUGUCUGGCUGAGGUGAAAUUUAAUGAAAGUUUUCGGAUGAUCAAGACUGGAACCAAGGAAUGGAUAAAGGAAACGGAAAAGAAAGAAUCAGAGAUGAACGCCAGCAAAAGCAGAGAAGAUUAUACAAAGAAAGAUUAUGAACAAGACUGGUUCUUUGCUCAAAAAACUAUCAAUAACGCAGAACCUUUGUUGUUCAUAUGGAGCAAAGAGCCAUCGGGAGGGUUCAUGGUCAUUCGGAAUGAAAAAGAAAAUGUAAUCAGUUAUAAGUUGUACUUUAUUGAUACAAGGGACCGAGUGAAAUCAAGACCAAUUUUUGCUCAAGUAGACGAGAAGACCAAACAGAUGUCUUAUGCCAUUUGGGAAUCCAAGAAGUUCGAAAAAUCGAUCACUCUGUUGAUCAAGAAGUUGAAAAAGAAAAAGACACUUCUCGAUGGCACCGUGCUUACCGUAGGUAUUAAGAGAAUGGAACCAGUCCGUCGACAUGAGCCCCAGUACUUCCCAUAA